AAUUUAAAUUUAUGAAUUAUCCAGCUUGGGGAACAGUCAUGGGAUAACCAUUUGGUGUUGCAGCUUAUUCUAACAUUGGAUUCGUAUUCGACAGAAAUAAAAUCCAUGAAUAUCAGUGUUAUUGGCCCAAAGAAGAGACUGGUCUAGCAAGAGAUGUUUAUAUUGGAUUUAAGUAUAUCUCAAAUCUUAAUUAGAUAUCAAUGUGUUGAAUAUGCUAGAAGAUUUCUAACCUUGUAUUUUAAGGCUGCCUUCUAAGAUAUUCCACAUGCCCAUCAUAUUUGGGCACUUGAAACAAUAGAAGAUUGCACAAAAGAGGAAGGAACAUUCCCUUUUGUCAAUUUCCCAAAUGGCUCUAAAGAGUUUGUUAUUCAUUUUUAUUUAGACCACCCAAGAUUGGAGAUAUCAUCAUCUAUCCUUACUCAAAGGAACAAAGAUUUGGCCAUGUUGGAGUUAUUAUCAAUGUGAAUUUGGAAGAAAAGAUUGUUGAUAUAGCUGAACAAAAUUACGAAGAGGCCGGAUGGGAAUGUCCUGAAUAUGCAAGAAGAUUGAUCAUGAAAAUUGAAAAUGGAUAGUAUUUCAUAACAAAUAAAAGAAUUGGGUUAUAUUUGAAUUUUAUCCUAUAGAAAACCUUAUGACAAUUGGGACGCCAAGGAAGAAAUAUUUGGAUGGAAGAGAAUAGACUUUAACCCAAAGCUAUGAUUGUUAAUUUUAAUUCAUUUUUUGAAUUCAAAUUAC